UUCUGAAAACCCUGUGGCGUCUUUGUUGCCGGGUCAAGAACAAUACCAUGUCCUCCUACACAAAGCCUAUGGUCAUGGUUCUACAACUUCUAUUCCUUAUUAGCCUCAUCUUAGCGACCUUUAAUAGUGGUGACGACCAUUUCAUGUACUCUGGCUUCUCUGGUGUCGAUCUUGUCAUCGAUGGUGCUACCACAGUAACACCAGGUGGCCUCCUUGAGCUCACCAAUGGAACAGUUCAACAGAAAGGCCAUGCUUUCUACCCAACUCCAUUGCGCUUUGUGAGGUCUCCAGGUGGAAUAGUGCAGUCCUUCUCCACUUCCUUCGUGUUUGCCAUUUUGUCUGUGUACACUGACCUCAGUGCCCACGGUAUGGCCUUUGUUAUCACACCAAGCAAAAACUUCUUAUCUGCGUUGCCUGAGCAGUACCUAGGACUCGCAAACAUCCAGAGCAAUGGCAACGCCAGUAACCACUUGUUUGCUAUUGAGUUUGACACCAUCCAAAACAAGGAGUUCAGUGAUAUUGAUGCCAACCAUGUCGGUGCGAACAUCAAUGGUCUAAGAUCACUGCGUUCCCACCACACUGGCUACUAUGCCGACGAGGAUGGUAACUUUCGCAACAUGAGUCUAUUUAGUCGUGAAGCUAUGCAUGUAUGGAUAGACUAUGAUCACAAACUCACAGACAUUAGUGUUACCGUGGCCCCUCUAAAGGUCACAAGACCUAUGAAGCCACUGUUCAGAGUCACCUACAACCUCACAGAAGUUCUUACAGAUGUUGCAUUUAUUGGUUUCUCCUCUGCGACUGGUACAAUCAAUGUGCGACAUUGCGUGCUUGGCUGGAGCUUCAGUAUGAACGGCCCUGCUCCUGCCAUUGACAUUGCUAGACUACCAAAACUGCCAAGAAUGGGUCCAAAGCCUCCAUCAAAAGUAUUGGACAUUGUUUUGCCAAUAACAACGUCUGCAUUCGUCCUUAUUGUGGGUACCAUUGUAUUCCUACUCAUUCGGAAGCAUAUGAGGUAUGCUGAGCUUCGGGAUGAUUGGGAGGUGGAGUUUGGACCACACCGAUUCACAUACAAGGAUUUGUACACUGCAACAGAAGGAUUCAAGGAAAAGAACUUGUUAGGAAUCGGAGGAUUUGGGAGAGUAUACAAAGGCAUCCUUCCAGUGUCUAAGCUGGAGGUUGCUGUGAAGAGAGUAUCACAUGAUUCAAAGCAGGGAAUGAAGGAGUUCAUUGCAGAGAUUGUUAGCAUAGGCCGCAUUCAACACCGCAAUCUUGUGCAACUGCAUGGUUAUUGCCGGCGAAGAGGUGAGUUAUUUUUGGUGUAUGAGUACAUGGCAAAUGGAAGUUUAGAUAAUUACUUAUACUGUAAAGAAGGGAAGCCCAUUCUAAGUUGGGGUAAUAGGUGGUGUAUCAUAAAGGGCAUUGCAUCUUGCUUGCUGUACCUUCAUGAAGAGUGGGAGAAAGUAGUCAUCCAUCGAGACAUCAAACCAAGUAAUGUCCUUCUGGAUAGUGAUAUGAACGGCCGGCUUGGUGACUUUGGACUUGCAAGGUUAUAUGACCAUGACACAGACCCGCAAACCACACAUGUGGUUGGAACAAUAGGAUACCUAGCUCCAGAGCUAGGACAUACUAGCAAGGCAACACCUCUUACAGAUGUAUUUGCUUUUGGCAUGUUUCUUCUCGAGGUCACAUGUGGGCAGAGACCUAUCAAUCAAAGCUCACGAGAUAGCCAAUGCAUGUUGGUUGAUUGGGUGCUGGAGCAGUGGAACAAUGGAUCUCUCCCUCUCACAGUGGAUAGCAGGCUUCAGGGGAACUACAAUGAUAAUGAGGCCUGUCUGUCCCUAAAGCUUGGACUGCUAUGCUCUCAUCCAUUCUGCAACGCAAGGCCAACCAUGCGACAUGUUAUGCAAUACCUCAAUGGGGACAUGCAAUUACCAGAUAUAAGACCAACGGAUCUAAGCUUUCACAUGAUGACCAUAAUGCAAAAUGAAGGUUUUGAGCACUACAAAAUCGGGUCCACAACAAGCAUAGACACAGCCUCUGCCAUUUCUGUUGGAAGAUGAGGUGCUUUGGGAUAUUGCUAGGCAUCUUUAGUAGGAACUAAUGCCAUGUUAUAGCAGUAGAAGUACAGCAAUAUGCAUGGACACUGUACAUUCCUUGUAUCAGAAUAUAUAUAUCUAGAGGUGUAACAUUGUAAAAAA